AAUCCCUUCUGUAUACAAGCUGUCACCUCUCUCUCUCUCUCUUGCUACGCCCUCUCCUUCUCAUCGCCAAUCCCAAAACCCAACUCACUGAUCCAACCCAACAAACAGCAAUGUUCCCGCACGCAUAAAACCCAAACCUUAAAAAUCCAGAAAAGCAACAAAUUAACAAAACCACACACCAAACGAAGCGAAGCGAAACGAUGUUCCCACGCGUCCUCUGGGCGGUUCUCCUCCUGACUGCGGCGUGGAGCCUGUGCGGGUGCGCGGCGCGGGGCAAUGCGGGGAGCAUCUACGAGGCGCUGAGCGAGCACGGGCUGCCCAUGGGCCUGUUCCCGAAGGGCGUGAAGGAGUUCGCGGUGGGCCAGGACGGGGCCUUCUGGGUCCACCUGGACGAGGCCUGCAACGCCAAGUUCGAGAACGAGUUGCAUUACGAGAGGAACGUCUCGGGGAAGCUCAGCUACGGCAUGAUCGACGCUUUGACGGGCCUGGAGGCCCAGGAUCUCUUCCUCUGGUUCCGCGUCAUGAGCAUCCGCGUCGAUGUUCCCACCACUGGCCUCAUCUACUUCGACGUCGGCGCCGCCUCCAAGCACUUCCCCUUGUCGCUCUUCGAAACGCCCCCCGAAUGCGUCGCCGUUCGCUCUUCCAAGGGUGGAUCUGGAAGGCUUCGAUAUAAGCUUGAUCAGCGAACCUCUGGAAGAGAUGUUCUAUAAAGUAUGGACCGAGCAGAAAAGGGUGAAUGGACUUUUUCUGUUUCACGAUCAUCAUGGAUUCUCCAAUCAGAUUGUAUGCCUUCGGAGAGUAUAAAUUAAUAGGUCCAUUCAUUUGGACCUGUUGUGUUGUGUUGUGUUAUCUCCCAUAUACUGCAGAGUUAGUGUUCUAGAUCAACCCAUGUCGUGGUAAUUUAUUGAUUCAUAGGUUCUUAUAAAAGGGAAGCAAUUGAGAUAAAUUUCCUGAAUCUGUUUCUCAUUGAGAAGAUAGUAAUGGAGCAUUUUGUUGAAAUGGGUUCAGGUGAAAAGUCUACAAAAGAUUUUGUUGUAUGUCAAACGUUAUUGUAUUAUAAGAAUAUAUUGGGGGUGUUUAGUUGAAUCAAAUUUAUGAUAUUAAUUCAAAAUAGAUAGAACCAUUUACACUUUUUAUAUGAAAA